GUGUACUUAGCCGGUACACAUAGUUCUCUUGCUCUGCAGACUCUGCCCGAAAAAGCCGCUAGGCACAAUUUGUUAUUAAAAAUGAUUCCAGAGCUGUCCAAUGGAUCCGUGUUGAUGAAGGAUCCUCAGAGGGUACAAGAUAUCCUGAAGUCCCUGUUAGACUCUGGACCCAACACGCUGCAGGUGAUCUCGGAUUUUGACAUGACCCUGACGAGAUUCCAAUACAAUGGGAAGCGAUGUCCUACGUGUCACAAUAUUCUUGACAACAGCAAAGCCAUCUCCGAAGAGUGCCGCCGAAAGCUGAAUCAUCUUCUCCAGACUUAUUAUCCCAUAGAGAUUGACACAUCACGCUCAGUUGAAGAGAAACUGCCUUUAAUGGUGGAGUGGUGGACCAAAGCUCAUGACCUUCUUGUGGAGCAGAAAAUUAAAAAAGAGGAGCUGGCUGCGGCAGUGCGUGAGUCUGAUGCAAUGCUGAGGGAGGGUUAUGAGCUGUUCUUCGACCGUCUGAACCAGCACGCUAUCCCUCUGCUCAUCUUCUCCGCUGGAAUCGGAGACAUCCUGGAAGAGGUGAUACGGCAAGCCAACGUCUUCCACCCCAAUGUCAAAGUCAUCUCCAACUACAUGGACUUUGACGAAUUGGGGAUAUUGAGGGCUUUCAAGGGAGAGUUGAUUCACAUCUACAAUAAAAGAGAAAGUGCGCUGCUAAACACGGGCCAUUUCGAGGAGCUGCGGUCAAGACCAAAUGUCCUGCUGAUGGGAGACUCUCUGGGGGACCUGAACAUGGCUGAUGGAGUUCAGAAUAUGAAGCACAUCCUCAAGAUUGGGUUCCUGAAUGACAAGGUUGAGGAGCGCAAACAGUCCUAUUUGGACUCCUAUGACAUUGUGUUGGUGAACGAUGAAUCCUUGGAAAUUCCUAAUGCUGUCCUCCAUCUUCUUACUGGUAACAACUGAUCUGUUUUUCAUCCCUGGCUGUAAAACACUCCAGGACCAUCGGCUGAGCAGCUACCUGCUCUCCCAGUGUUACCAGGAAUCUUAUCAAAGACUCAAUGAAAAUAAAUAGCAUAGUGCUUUGCAAAAGUAUUGACACCACUUGAACUUCUUCACAUUUUGUAAUGUUGUAGCCACAAAAUGCAAUGACUUUCAUGCAAUUCAGUGUAUAAUUUUGAACUGGUAAGAAAGAGCACAUGUUAUUAUUUUUUGUCAUUUUCAAAUCAAUACUUUGUGGGACCAAGUUUCCAUUACAAGUAUUUUGGGGGACUUCUUUACCGCCUUUUCCUAUCCAGAGAUCAAAAUUUGAGCCAAUUCUUUGUAAAAUAGUUCAACCCCAGUAAGAUUGCAUGGGAAGCAUCUGUAAACGUCAAGUUCCAAGUGUUACUACAUAUUCUUAGCUGGAUUUAGGUCUGGAUUUUGACUGGAAACCUGAAUAUGCUUUGAUCUCAACUAGUUGUGUCCAGUCCUCAAGGGCCGGUGUCUUGUAACCUUUAUGUGUCCCUGGUCCAACACACCUAAAUCUAGCAGCAGAAUUACGUCCUCACUAUCCAGGUAAGUUCUCCAAAGUCCUGAUAAGGACCUAAUUGUUUGAUUCAGGUGUGUUGAAGCAGAGACUUGACUAAACAUUUGUCUUAGAGGUUGGACACCUGUGAUCUAGUUCAUCCCAUUGUAGCUUCCAUGUUUAGGGUCUUUGUCUUGUCUCAAGUGUUGCUGCCACCACAAUUCUUCAUGUAUUGAGGUUCUGGUAUUUUUCCAUCACAUAUAAUUUUGCAUGUAGGCAAAGAAUGUUAAAUUUUACUCUCAUCUGACCAACUCAUCUUGUUCCACAUGUUGGCUGUGUCCCUAUAUGACCUUAGGACUGAUUACAAGGCUUGUCUUUGCUCUCUUCUUGCCAUCUGAAAAAGUUCAAAAGGUAUUCAUUCUUUUUGCAAGGCAUUGUAUAUGAUUGUAUUUUGCUGCACAAAAAACAAAACAAAACAAAAAAAAACUAAGAAUACCUGAGUGAGUCUGUGUCAGACCCCAAGUUUUUUUUAAGGCUGCAAACCUUACUAUUGCUUUGAGCUACUCUGGACCUGUAUGGAUUUUGUGGCAGCCAAAUAUAUGUGUAUGAGGUUUUUGAUACUUUUUAGUUCUGUUUAAGUAUUUCCUGUUUUAAUGUUGGAUUUAAUAUUUAAAAAUAAAAUGCACAAUAAAAAUGUG